UUUUUUUUCUCGCACACAUACUUCUCUUUCUCUUAUUUUAUUUAUUCGGUUCUUUUUUUUUUCUAUUACAUUGUCUGCAUUUGUGUAUUAAAUCGUUUUUGAAAUAUGUAUAGUCUCCUUACGUCAAAUGCAUUCAAAAGUAGUUCAAGAACAGCGUUAUAUCGGGCUAGUCAAGGAUUGCCAUCUGUAUUAGCAAAACGAAAUAAAAGUGAAAAGGUGCAAGGACAAGUGAUUGGUAUUGAUCUUGGUACAACUAAUAGUUGCGUAUCUGUAAUGGAAGGCAAAACACCUCGUGUGAUAGAAAAUUCUGAAGGUGGACGCACGACUCCUUCUGUGGUUGCUUUUACAAAAGAAGGAGAAAGACUGGUUGGUUUACCUGCCAAACGUCAAGCUGUGGUAAAUCCUGAAAAUACACUCUUUGCUACAAAACGAUUGAUUGGACGAAAAUACACUGAUCAAGAAGUGCAACGUGAUAUCAAAGAAGUUCCUUACAAGAUUAUUGCUCACACAAAUGGUGAUGCUUGGGUAGAAGCUCAUGGGAAAAAAUAUAGUCCUGCUCAAAUUGGUGCCUUUGUAGUUGGCAAAAUGAAAGAAACAGCUGAAAGUUAUCUUGGAAAGAAGGUUCAAAAUGCUGUUAUCACUGUUCCUGCUUACUUUAAUGAUUCUCAACGUCAAGCAACCAAAGAUGCCGGAACCAUUGCUGGGUUGAAUGUCUUACGUGUCAUCAAUGAACCUACUGCGGCUGCACUAGCAUAUGGUAUUGAUCGUGGUGAAUCCAGUGACAAACAAGUGGCUGUUUUUGAUUUGGGUGGUGGUACUUUUGAUAUCUCUAUUUUGGAAAUUCAAUCUGGUGUCUUUGAAGUCAAAAGUACAAAUGGUGAUACACAUUUAGGUGGUGAAGAUUUUGAUAUCUUACUUGUUCGAUGGAUUAUUAAUGAAUUCAAGAAAGAGUCUGGUAUUGAUGUUGGAAAUGAUCGUAUGGCCGUACAACGUAUCCGAGAAGCUGCUGAAAAAGCCAAGAUUGAAGUAUCGUCUACCGUUCAGACGGAAAUUAAUUUACCCUUCAUCACUGCUGAUGCAACUGGACCUAAACAUAUUAACCUCAAAUUGACUAGAUCCAAGUUUGAAGAAAUGGUACAACCGCUCCUCGAUCGAACAGUUGGACCUUGUGAAAAAGCUCUCCGUGAUGCAAAUGUCAAACCAGCAGAUAUUGGUGAAGUGAUUUUAGUUGGUGGUAUGUCUCGUGUGCCCAAGGUACAAGAAUCUGUUAAAUCCAUCUUUAAGCGUAAUCCUGCCAAGAGUGUAAAUCCUGAUGAAGCAGUGGCCAUUGGUGCAGCUAUUCAAGGUGGUGUACUUGCUGGUAGUGUGACCGAUCUUCUUUUAUUGGAUGUGACACCAUUGUCAUUAGGUAUUGAGACUUUAGGAGGUGUGUUUACCCGUCUGAUUAAUCGCAAUACGACUAUUCCUACCAAGAAAUCACAAACAUUCUCAACAGCAGCCGAUGGACAAAAUGCAGUGGAUAUCAAGGUAUAUCAAGGUGAACGUGAAUUGGUCCGUGAUAAUAAGCUUUUGGGUAACUUCCAAUUAACUGGUAUCCCUCCUGCUCCUCGUGGUGUACCCCAGAUUGCAGUUGAAUUCGAUAUUGAUGCUGAUGGUAUUGUCAAUGUCAGUGCGAAGGACCAAGCUACAGGUAAAGAUCAAUCCAUGACGAUUGCAGCAUCUUCUGGUCUUAGUGAAUCUGAAAUCGAAAAUAUGGUACGACAAGCAGAAGAAAAUGCUGAAACUGAUCGAAGAUACCGUGAAUCUAUUGAAAUGGCAAACCGAGCUGAUUCUGUGGCGACUGAUACUGAAAAGGCAUUGAAUGACUUUAAAGAUCAAUUGGAUUCUGCUGAAGCUGAAAAAUUACGUGGUCAAAUCAACUCUUUGCGUGAAGAUGUUACUAAAGCUCAAGGUGGUGAUUCCUCUGUAGCACCUGAUGAUCUCAAAGCCAAGAUUGAUGAAUUACAACAAUCAAGUCUAAAAUUAUUUGAAAUGAUUUAUAAACAGCGUGCAUCUCAAAAUGAAGGUGGUAGCAGCACUGACUCUGGAACUGGUUCCUCUGGCAAUAAUACAACCGAAGGGGAAUAUCGUGAUGUAAAAGAUGACAAGGAUGACAAAAAAUAGGAUAUGCCAUAUAAUUAUUUAGUUAGUUAGUUAAGGAUGAUCAACUUACACCUGUUUUGUUUUUGUUUUUUUUUUUUUUUUUUAAAUAAAAC